ACUCCAUGUGCUGCCCAAAGGAAUGCGGAAAAGAAUGUACGGUAAAGCGUAAAUAUGGACUAUGUCCCACUUUUACUGACAAACCAUUGAGUUAUUGUAUGGUAGCUUUCGUUAUUUCAAAUUGUGGAGGUAAUGACGCAGACUGUUCAGAUCAAAUAUGUUGUGGCGUUACUUGUGGAAUAGGAUGUACAGAACCAGUAAAACCGAAUCCACCAAAACCAAGACAAGGAGUUUGUCCGCCAAUUCCUAAAGGGGGUGAUCCCAACUUUUGUAACCUUGUAGAUGUAAAAUAUGACUGUGACACGGAUUCAGAUUGUACGGAAAAGAAUAAAAAAUGUUGUGGGACACCAUGUGGGGGACGAGCAUGCACUAAUCCCAUAAAGGGUGAUCGUACUGGAUGUCCAUCGUGUAAAAUCCAACCGAGUUUAGGUUGUCCCGCGUGUUUCCAAUAUCUGCAGCUGUGCAACUCAGACAGGGAGUGUGGUCGAG